AUGUAUUUCGCCACUGCCUUUGCUAUUGCUGCUGUCUUAGCUUUCGGGCCGGACAAUGUUAUCGCUAGCAGGCGAAUGUGUAUGCUCGCACUUGCCGAAACAACCGAAAAUCCCGAAACCCCGAAUUUUAUACAUGGUACCCUUCAAGAGGUUCAAGCCCCAACAGCAGCUUCGAUAUCAUAUGGUGGUCAUUAUAUUCAUUUGAAACUUGACAAGAAUUGCUUGCCAAAGUUGGUGCAAGGCAGCUCUGUACCACCGGGGUAUAGUGUGCAUAUUUUCUCAAAGGGCAGCGAUAAAUACACCCCUACAUCGGUGGUUAUCGAGGGUACUGAGGUUCAGGAACUGCCGGGUUUUGACCCCAGAGGAAGCGUUGACUUUUAUGAAAGACUUGUAGGAUUAAGUCGAAGCUAG